AUGGCGUUGACAGAAGCCACACAAGAAGCAGUAUGGCUCAAGGCAUUUUUGUGUGAGAUUGUUGAAAUGAAGAACGACGAAUCAGUCAAGAUAUAUAAAGAUAACCAAGGUUAUAUCGCGUUGGCCAAGAACCCUGAGUUCCAUAAAAGAACAAAGCAUAUCGACAUCCGGUAUCACUUUGUGCGCGAGAAGGUUGCAGACGGCCAAGUGUUGCUACAGUACUGCGCUACGAAGAACAUAAAAGCGGACCUCAUGACGAAGACGAUCCCCGCUGCGCAGUUCGACAUCUUCGUUGCAUGCUGGGGUUCCAGACACCAAGGUCUGCCGAGUCGAGUGGGAGUGUUAUAA